AUGAGACUGAAAAAGGUGGCAAUCUUUAGUUUCUUGUAUGCAAUAAUAGCUCAAGCACAAGCUAAAGUUUAUUUAGAAGAAACCUUUUCCGAUGACGAGUGGCAAGAGCGCUGGACAGUUUCGAAACAUCGCGAUGACCUGGGUGUCUUCCGCGUCUAUCCUGGGAUAUUUCAUGCAGACGCUAAUGCCAGUCGAGGUCUAAAAACAUCACAAGAUGCAAAGUUCUAUGCAAUAUCGUCACAGUUAACCGAGACUAUAGACAAUGCUGACAAGCCUUUAGUUGUGCAGUUUACAGUUAAGCAUGAGCAGGGUAUCGACUGUGGUGGCGGAUAUGUCAAGCUUCUUCCACCAGGAUUCGAUGCUAACAAAUUUGACGGAGAUUCAAAAUAUAAUAUAAUGUUUGGGCCUGAUAUAUGUGGGUUAAAGCGUAAGAUUCAUUUUAUCUUGCAUUAUGAAAGCCAAAAUAAGGAACUAAAAAAGGAAAUUGGAUGUCCCAUCGACGAAUACACACACUUGUACACAUUAGUAGUACGACCCAAUCAGACAUAUUCUAUAGCACUAGAUGACAAGGUGGUGUCAGACGGGCUACUUACCGAUGACUUUGAUUUAUUACCACCUAAAGAUAUUAAAGAUCCAGCUGCAGUUAAACCAGCUGAUUGGGUAGAUACUGAGAAAAUUAUUGAUCCAGAAGACAAGAAACCAGACAAUUGGGUUGAUGGACCUGCAUUGAUUCCUGAUCCAGAAGCUUCAAAGCCAGAUGACUGGGAUGAUGAAGCAGACGGCACUUGGGAACCACCUCAAAUUCCUAACCCGGACUAUAGUGGACCAUGGACACCACGAAUGAUUCCUAACCCGGACUACAAAGGACCUUGGGAAGCGCCAUCAAUUCCCAAUCCUGACUAUCAUGAUGAUCCUACCCUUCAUGCUUUCAACACCGCUUACAUCGGCUUCGAUCUAUGGCAAGUGAAGUCAGGGUCUAUAUUUGACAACAUUCUAAUCACAGAUGAUGUAGACUACGCGCAAGAAUUUGCUGAUAAGAAUUUCUUUGACUAUCGUGAUGCUGAAAUCCGAGCGAAGCAAGAAUACGACAAAUUAGUGCAAAAAGUAAAAGAGGCAGAAGGCGAGACUGAUAUUGGCGAUAAUGAUUCGGAAGAACAAGAUGACAAGGAAACAGAAGAGGCAAAGGAACCACCGGUAUUAAAGGAUCAAGAAGAACCCGAUGAACUCGAUAAACUAUUUGCUGACUAUGAGAAAAAGUUAAAAUUGGGCAUUAAAGAUGAGCUGUAG